UACGAUCUCGGAGAUGGGUGGGGUCAAAGAGAGGACCUAAGAAAUGGAACAAAGCUCUGGGGCCUCUGUGGAAGGCCUGGUGGAUGUCUGAGAUGACGGACACUGCCUGGUCUUGAGGAUGAAUGAGACGGUUAUGUAAGAAGAGCCAUCCAUCCUUUGUGUGGCCCAUUUUCUUAUGAGUUCAUCCCUGUCUCCUGGUUGAUGACAGGGCUGGAAGGAGGGAGUCAGAAAUAAAAUAUGUUCUGUUGAUCCAGGGGUCUGAAGGUCAGACCCCGGACUACUGAGUAAGCCUUGGCAUUGCCUAAGGCCACUGGGUUCUUGGAGGACUGGUGUCCCCAGUAGUGGAUUAUGGCUACUUCUGCAGGGAGCUGGAGGACUCCCAAGAGCUUGGCUUUAAGGGGUCCUUUAACUAUGGGAGUGCCCUUGGUAGUGAGGAAGCCUCUUUCCUUUAAGAGGACUAAGUGGAAAUGGGCUAUUAAAAAGGCAAAUUUAGAGUCAGUGUAGAUGUUAGCCCGUUGACCUUUGGCUAGCUGGAGUGCUCAGCCUUUUGUAAAGAGGCUCCCGUUGGCAGGCGGGCCAUUUUAACUGUUUUAGUGGGAGUGAUCUCUGCAUAUGCUGCUGCCUGGAGGUUUCCUGAUCUGUCUGUAAGAGAAAUUACAUCAACAAGCAGGGCGAGUUGGGGGUUUGUAAGUGGUUGGUCUAGGAGACCAGGCCAAGAGACUCCUUGCCCGGGACAGGGGAUUGCAGCCUUUCUUCCAGGAACUCUCUGGACACAUCUUGCCAGCAUCCUCCCUCUAGCAAAAAUGCGUCAGCUCAAGGGGAAGCCAAAGAAGGAGACAUCCAAGGACAAGAAGGAGCGGAAGCAGGCCAUGCAGGAGGCCCGGCAGCAGAUCACCACAGUGGUGCUGCCCACCCUGGCUGUGGUGGUGCUCCUGAUCGUGGUGUUCGUGUAUGUGGCCACGCGCCCUGCCGUCACCGAGUGAACCCCUCCGUUCCAGCUCUCCUGCAGAGAUGUCUACAGUGCCGAGCUCCCAGCAGGAGGGCCCUGUCUUCUCUGCUCUUUGACUUGACUAAAAUUUCUCUACUUUGUUUGGGGGAGGGAAUAGGGAAUAUUUUAUCAGUGAAUGUGCCAUACACCUGAUGGUCCACUUCAUGUGCCUUUCAGACUUCAAAGCAGAGUGCGUGUGCGUGCGUGCGUGUGUGUGUGUGUGUGUGUGUGUGUGUGUGUUUCUUUUUCUCCUGAAAUCGAUGUGUAACUGCGCCUGGGGAGCCAAGGACUCCCUGGGCGAGGCUGUUGGUUGGAAUCAGUGCCACCUCCCUCCCGUCCCUGCAACAUGCUCUCCUGCUCACGACUUCCUAAGGGGACAGCAUUUCUGCUCUGUACUUGAUGGGAUCUGAAAUAUGUUGACUCAAAGUGAAAUAUUUAUUUUUUGAAUAAAGGAGAUAAUAGUCUUAAA